AUGAGGGUUUCGGAAGGAGCACAGCCGGCAGAGAUGGUGAUCUCCGGACCUGCGCCGUCCAUGGAUCGUCAAGAAUCGGGGUCGGAGACGGUGAUCUCUGGACCUGAAUCAGUUUUCAAGCUUCCGGCGUGUUCUUGCAAUUCCGGCAUGUUUUUGCAAUUUCCGACUGACUUUCCGACGAGAUUAGCACCUGGUUUUACAUCCCCAUUGGGGAUGCUCUUAAUUGUCCUUUUCCAUUACCUCACCACCACCCUCAGCCGCCGCCGCCGCCACAAACAAAAAUAUCCGCCUGGCCCCAAGCCAUGGCCAAUCAUAGGGAACUUAAACUUAGUAGGUUCAGUUCCCCACCAAUCCUUCCACUACUUAUCCCAAAAAUACGGCGAAAUAAUGCAACUCAAAUUCGGCUCGUUCCCCAUCGUCGUCAUCUCUUCUCCCGAAAUGGCGAAGGAAAUCUUACAAACACAUGACCAAACCUUUGCUUCUCGGCCCGCACUUGCAGCCGGCAAAUACACAAGUUACAACUACUCUAACAUGUCAUGGGCCCCUUACGGGCCCUACUGGCGUCAAGCUCGAAGAAUCUACCUCAGUGAGCUUUUCAGCCUGAAGCGAAUCGACUCCUACGAGUACAUUCGCAAGGAGGAAAGGCACGCUCUGAUGUCGCGCCUUUACGCCCUCUCGGGAAAGGAAACUGUAAUCAGGGAAGAAUUGGUGCGUUUCACGCUAGCGAAUAUAACCAGAAUGACAUUGGGAGGAAAGUACUUUUACGUAUCGGAAUCAGAUCGGUCUUUUUCAAAAGUAAAGCUGGAAGAACUGAAGGAGAUGAUGGAAGAAUGGUUUUUGCUUAAUGGGGUGUUCAAUAUCGGGGAUUGGAUACCAUGGCUUAGUUUCUUGGAUUUGCAGGGUUAUGUGAAGAGGAUGAAGGCUCUGCACAAGAAAUUUGACAGGUUUCAUGAUAUUGUGAUAGCUGAUCACAAGGCCAAGAGGGAAGCUGAUAAGGAUAAUUUUGUGGCUAAGGAUAUGGUGGAUGUUGUUUUGCAACUUGCUGAUGAUCCAAAUCUUGAGGUUAAGCUAAAUAGUGAUGGUGUCAAGGGCUUAUUACAGGACCCAAUACUUGGCGGAACAGAUACAUCAGCAAUGACUGUGGAAUGGGCAAUAUCUGAGCUCCUAAAACAACCACAACUCGUCCGAAAAGCAACAGAAGAGCUAGACAGAGUCAUUGGAAGAGAUAGGUGGGUGCAAGAGGAUGACAUCCCAAACCUUCCCUACAUUGGUGCAAUAGUAAAGGAGACUUUAAGGGUUCACCCAGUUGGUACAUUCCUUGCACCCCAUUUAUCCACCGAAGAUUGCAAAAUUGCAGGUUACGAUAUUCCCAAAGGAACUAAUGUAAUUGUAAACAUAUGGAGUAUAGGCAGAGAUCCUAGAUAUUGGGAGGCACCAGAAGAGUUCCAACCAGAGCGGUUUUUCGGGAAAAAUAUUGAGGUGACAGGGCACCAUUUUGAGCUAUUGCCUUUUGGUUCGGGCCGAAGGAUGUGCCCUGGCUACCGGCUUGGACUAGUGUUGGUCCAGUCGAUCUUGGCUAACUUGGUACAUGGAUUUAAGUGGGAAUUACCUGAUAAUGUGAAGCCCGAAGAUGUAGACAUGGAGGAGGAAUAUGGACUGACUACGCAUCGGAAGAACCCAAUUGUUGCUGCCAUUGAGCCUCGACUUUCUGCACACCUCUAUAUUUAGGCUCCGCUCUUCUAAACAUAAUUUUCUUCUUUGUGUUGUGUGUUUUGUUCGUUUUUUUGAAUUUUUGUUAGAUUUGCG